CAGACCUCUGCAGUUAUAAAUACGCUUACUAAUUUCUAAAAUUCUUUCAAUUGUCGCGUGGCGGUCGUGUGGGGGUUGAGGACGCCAGAAUGCAAAUUUUUGUUAAAACGCUUACUGGCAAGACCAUUACACUCGAGGUCGAGCCAGCAGAUACAAUCGAGAAUGUUAAAGCUAAAAUUCAAGAUAAAGAAGGUAUUCCACCAGACCAGCAACGACUUAUCUUUGCUGGAAAGCAGUUAGAAGAUGGAAGGACAUUAAGUGAUUAUAACAUUCAAAAGGAGUCUACACUUCAUCUUGUUUUAAGACUCAGAGGUGGUGGCAAAAAACGUAAGAAGAAGAAUUAUAGUACACCUAAAAAAAUCAAACAUAAAAAGAAGAAAGUUAAGCUUGCAGUACUAAAACAUUACAAAGUUGAUGAGAAUGGUAAAAUAACCCGCCUCAAGAGAGAUUGUCCUGGUGAAUCUUGUGGUGCUAGUGUUUUUAUGGCACAGCAUUUUGAUAGAUAUUCUUGUGGAAAAUGUUCUUCAACAUAUUCGAUUACAAAGAAUUAAUUUCACAAAAAAUGUUGUUUUUUCUUGCUUU